GAGAGCUGCUUCUCCGCUGGAAGGGGCUGGAGCGAGGGGGAGAAGCAGAGCCGCCUCUGUCGCUUUGCAUUGCCUCUAGGACGUGGAGGGCCCAGAGCCCGCCGGGUCCUGAAUAGCACUCCACAUAACCUCGUCUCCGUACACAGUUAGUGCCCCAUUCCCUAACUCGGGUGAGGUAAGAGAGCGGUUGUCUGGGUAGCCACCUGACCCUUUCAGCCAUGAAGGCAGAGACAGUGUCCUCGUUGCAAGAGACUCCAGCUGAGUCCAGCUGGAGCCUCAGUAACCUGCUGAGUAGCCGGAAGCUGAUGACUGUGGGGAUCGUGCUCGGCUGGCUCAUGGUCAUCCACUUUCUGGUCAAUGUGUGGCUUCUCUGCCUUCUGUCUGCAUUGCUAGCGGUGCUGGGAGGAUGGCUGGGCUCAAACGCCAUUGUGGGGGCUUCAGGUCGACUGCAUCUGGAACGCUUCAUCCCAGUGGCCACCUGUCCUCCAAACCCUGAGGCAGAGAGGCAAUUGGAACAGGAGAUCAACCGCACCAUCCAGAUGAUUAUUCGGGACUUUGUGUCUUCCUGGUAUCGCUCAGUGAGCCAGGAGCCAGCCUUUGAGGAAGAAAUGGAGGCCGCCAUGAGAGGCUUGGUCCAGGAGCUCCGGAGGAGGAUGGGCAUGGUGGACAGUCAUGCUCUUGUUCAGAGGGUUCUGACUCUGUGCGGUUGUCACCUGCAGAGCUAUAUUCAGGCAAAGGAGGCCACAGCUGAGAAGCAGAGUGGUACAGUUGAGCCCUCCCAGCUCUGGGAGGCUUACUGCCGAGCUACUGCCCCACAUCCUGCUGUACAGAGCCCCAGCACUGAGGUCACCUAUACACGUGGCAUUGUAAAUUUGUUACUGCAAGGACUCGUGCCAAAGCCCCACUUGGAGACCCGGACCGGGCGCCAUGUUGUGGUGGAACUCAUUACUUGCAAUGUAAUCUUACCACUAAUCAGCAAGCUUUCAGAUCCCGACUGGAUCCACCUUGUACUUGUGGGCAUCUUUUCCAAGGCCAGAAAUAAUCCUACAGGAGUGGUUAAACCAACCUCCCCAGCCAGUGGUCUGGAAAAGCCCUCAGUGCCCACAUCUCUGCCUCUGAUUGUUGAGGUACAGAGUCUGCCAGAAGUGAGAGCCCCGUCUCCAGCAGCAGCAGCACCAGUGCUACUAAACUGUAGUGAGCCAGAGGGGCCUUCCCACCACUCGCCAGAAGUUGAAGAAGGCCAUGAAGCAAUAGAGGGAGAAUUGGGUGGAGUGCCAGAAGAAAGGAAAGUAGGAAACAACGCAUCUCAUUUCCUACAGCCAGAUAUUCGAGGCCCUUUGUUCUUAUGUGAAGAGCUGGAGUCUCCAUUGUCUGAACUGAGUAAAGAAACCAUCAUGCUCAUGACCCCAGGCAACUUCCUCUCUGACAGGAUCCAGGAUGCCCUGUGUGCCCUAGAGGGUCCCCAGUCUCUGGAGUCUAAGAAUGUUGAGGCAUCUGAAGGAAUCGAAGGAGCAGAGGCCGAGGAGGGUCCAGGAACAGAAACAGAGGCAGGCCUGCUGGUCUCCAUGCUGACUUCCUGCCCAGAGAUCCACAUUGACACAGCAGACAAGGAAGUAGAGCAAGGAGAUGUCACCUCUCUUACAGCUUUGCUGACAGAUCCGGAGAGGACCUGCCCCCCACGACCCUCAUGCUUAGAGAAGGAUCUCACCAAUGGCGUGAGCUCCUUAGAUCCUAGUCUCCCACAGGUUCUGCUUUCCUCCUCUCCAACCGGUCCUGUCAGCUCAGCCACCUUCAGCUUUGAGCCCCUGAGCAGUCCAGACGGCCCAGUUGUUAUCCAGAACCUUCGUAUCACUGGUACCAUUACUGCUCGAGAGCACAGUGGCACUGGAUUCCACCCAUACACGCUCUACACGGUGAAGUAUGAGACAGCUCUGGACGGUGAGAACAGCAGUGGCCUGCAGCAGCUGGCCUACCACACUGUGAAUCGCCGCUACCGCGAGUUCCUCAAUCUGCAGACACGUCUGGAGGAGAAAUCAGAUCUACGGAAGUUCAUCAAAAAUGUAAAGGGUCCUAAAAAGCUCUUUCCAGAUCUUCCAUUUGGAAACAUGGAUAGUGACAGAGUAGAAGCCCGUAAGAGCCUCCUGGAAUCCUUUCUAAAGCAACUCUGUGCCAUUCCAGAGAUCGCUAACAGUGAAGAGAUGCAGGAGUUCCUUGCUCUGAACACAGAUGCUCGUAUUGCCUUUGUCAAGAAACCAUUCAUGGUGUCCAGAAUAGACAAGAUGGUGGUGAGUGCUAUCGUGGACACCUUGAAGACAGCAUUUCCUCGCUCUGAACCCCAGAGUCCCACAGAAGAGCUGAGUGAGGCCGAGACAGAAAGCAAGCCCCAGACAGAAGGCAAGAAGACUAGCAAGUCCAGGCUGAGGUUCUCAUCCAGUAAGAUUGCUCCAGCACUGAAUAUAACUGAAGCACCUGAGAAGAUUCUCUAUUGUUUUCAGGAAGGCAGUGUGGAGUCAGAGAUCCUAUCCAUGUCUGGGAUGGAGUCCUUUAUUGAAAAACAGACAAAGUUACUAGAAAUGCAGCCAGCAGAAGUCCCAGAAAAAGACCGUGAACAAAUCCCCAAAGGUUGUGUGGAUGGUUACUUGUCAGAUCCAGCCGUGCCAGCCCAAGACCUCAGCACCAGUGAUCCGGGGACAGAGACAGAGCUAGCUGACACAGCCCUGGAUCUGCUCCUCUUGCUGCUAAUGGAACAGUGGAGAUGGCUGUGUACAGAAAACAUGCAAAAAGUUCUUCGUCUUGUCUUUGGGACCCUAAUUCAGAGGUGGCUGGAGGUGCAAGUGGCUAAUCUAACAUGUCCACAACGCUGGGUGCAGUACCUCCGACUUCUUCAGGAGUCCAUCUGGCCUGGUGGGGUUUUGCCUAAGUAUCCACGGCCUGUAAGGACCCAGGAGCAGAAAGUGGCUGCUGAAAAACAGGCUUUGCAGAGCCUGAUGGGAAUCCUGCCAGAUAUUGUAGUAGAAAUCCUGGGGGUGAACAAAUGCCAGCUGAGCUGGAGUCUAGUCUUGGAGUCACUACAGCAACCCGUCAUCAACAGGCAUUUGAUUUACUGCCUUUGGGACAUCAUCCUGGAAUUCUUGGAUCUCAGUGCCUCUGUUGAGGAGUCUACCGUAACCACCUCUGCCUCAGAUACCCCAGGCAACCCCAGGAGAAUGGGUGUCUCCCCUUAGCCAUAGUGGGGAAUUGUUGAGGAAUCUUCCAGAGGAGUAUUUCUCAUCAAAAUUAACAGUUCCUGCUUACGGGACACAUGGUGGUAUAAAAGGUAAACAGCCUUUCUUAGCCCUGCCCCUUGGAUUUGACCCCUGUCUCCGUCACCUUCUGACCCUCCUUAAUUUCUUCGAGUCUGUUCCUACUCUUUCUUACAUAUAAGGUGGCUUCAGGAUCUAUAGAGUAUAAUGAGCUGAAGUGACAACAGCCUGACUGAAACCUAGCUCUGUCACUUAAUCAGCUGUGAAGAUGUGGUCAGGUAACUUAGCUUCACUGAGACUUAAAUUUCUCUCUCAGAAAAAGGGACAAAUACAACCAUUUUGAGAAGUGAAUUGUAAGAACAAGCUUUAUAAAACACAAGAGCUAUGCUAUAGAAACAUCAGUGGUGUUAUUAUCCUGCUGUCCUGCUGUCUGAGGGACAGUUGGAGAUGCCUUGCUUCACAUACCAUGGAGCCACACUGUCCUCUAGCAAGCCUCAGUUCCCCAGCCCUCUAAGAAGCUGCCGUUUAUCUUGGUCUUCUUUGCACUGGGGCAAUAUGUGUUUUCCCAGGAGGAGGAAAGGAAGGUUAGCCAACCCUGCUGGAUGCAAAUGGGAAUGGGAACCAACCAGGGGCAGGAGUGGUUAAUUGGGGAGGAAAGGAAACCAUGAUGCUUUUGUAGUUAAAGGCCCAACUGGGCAAGCUCUUCCAUCACUUGGCAUCUCCAUUUCCUUUCCACUGAGAGUGCCAGAAAUAACAGGGAAGUAGUUGCUUUAACUGCCUUUGUGGACAAGAGAAUGAAACCAUUGCAGGGGGAAUUUCUGCUAACAAACCCCCACCAUUCUGUGGUGUAGAGGAUGAGAAAUGCUACACACAGCAGUGUUUCUCAGAAGACAGCCAGUAAGGGGAGACUACCCCAAAUACUACUUCCAUAGCCUAAGACUUGUCCAGUAUUUAUUACACAAAGACAUCACUGGCCUGUUUAAAAAAGAAAAAAAAAAAUGUGUUGAGCAAGUGAAAAUCAUCAGAGCUGUUUUCCUGUAGUGACCUAACCAACAGGGUUGGAAGCCGGGGCAAUGCUGAUUUGGCGGAGGAAAUGCGGGCACUGACAGCCACCUUGGCAGAUACACUGUGCUAUUCUCAGACUUGCUGAGCCUUCUUGCCGCCUCCCUACAUCUCUCACCUGUCUCUGGUCUGAGAAUGCACUUGAACUCUGCUUUCUUGGAAAUGAAAAGAAGCAUGCAGCUGUAUCCAGAGAACUCCUGUCUGAUGUCUGUUCCACAUGACAAAAUCUGUUUUCUCUCCACAUCUUGACUCUUCAAACCUUACCUACAAGUGCUUCUGUAGAAGUCACUAGCACACUGUUUCUGGGAUGUGGAAGUUUGGGAAGGAAAAAAAUAAUAUCAGUAUCAGGAUCCAAACUUAGAACUAACAUUUCUUUAAGUGACAAUUAUCUACUCGUUUUAACUCAAAAUAGACCUCCUUGUUACCAGAAUUUGUUUAGGAACUGCAAGCUAAUUGUAGUAUUAGGGUGUUGUAAUGAUUAAGAAGGUAAGUCUGUGUCAGAUAUCUAAAUUCCUACUUUGGCUUUUUUUCCCCCCUUCCCCUUAUGUUCCGUAUGACUGUUGCAGCCUAUUAUUAUGAGCAAUGGAGAGCUAUAGCUAUAAUUGUACUUUCAGACACCUGCAUUCAUCAAUGAGGGCAAAGGCCAAACAAGAUUAACCCACAAGUCUGUGAUUGCAAAGAAAGGCUCUAGUAUGUCUGCAGAAGCUGUGACUUCUCUGUUCUGGGUUGCCUUGGAUUUGGGCAUCUUCAAGCUCAGGUGAUUGGCCCUUUUGCCUGUGCACCAUUAUUGGAGAAUCAUCCUGCCCCAGUAGCAUCAGAAAGAUUAGCAAAGAUUUAGCAAAAUGUCUGCAUUUCAUAUCUUGCCUUUAGGGAGGAUUGACCUUAUUAAGAAAAAAAAAAAAAACAAAACUUAAAAAGUCCUUCUGGAGUUUACAUUCUUUACCAA